UCUAUCACUUACCACCUAAAAGAAAGAAAAAUCUCCAAAUGAGAAACGAUAAGCUUUUCUUCUGCGUCUUUCUCUUCUUCUUCUUCUGCCUAGAACUCAGCAGAGGACAGAACAACGGCAAAACCCAAGUCAAUGUCGGUGUUGUAACAGAUGUCGGUACUUCAUACUCGGAGGCUGCCAUGCUCUGCAUCAACAUGUCUCUUGCUGAUUUCUACUCUUCUCGUCCCCAGUUUCAGACAAGGCUUGUCGUCAACGUUGGUGACUCCAAAAAAGACGUUGUAGGUGCCGCAAUUGCAGCUCUUGAUCUAAUAAAGAACAAGCAAGUGAAAGCAAUUUUGGGGCCAUGGACAUCUAUGCAAGCUCAUUUCUUGAUCGAGAUUGGCCAAAAAUCUCAGGUUCCUAUUGUUUCCUUUUCUGCAACAAGCCCAUUUCUUAAUUCCCUUCGUAGUCCAUACUUCUUUCGUGCUACGUACGAAGACUCCUCUCAAGUAGAAGCCAUAAAAGCCUUCAUCAAAUUGUUCGGGUGGAGAGAAGUUGUGCCAGUUUACAUCGACAACACCUUUGGAGAAGGUAUAAUGCCACGUCUCACCGAUGCAUUACAAGAUAUUAAUGUCCGGAUACCUUAUAGAUCCGUUAUCGCUCUCAAUGCCACAGAUACUGAAAUCUCUGUGGAGCUUCUUAAGAUGAUGAACAGGCCCACAAGAGUGUUCAUUGUCCACAUGUACUCAUCUCUAGCCUCAAGAUUCUUCAUUAAAGCAAAGGAGAUUGGUUUGAUGAAAGCAGGAUAUGUCUGGAUCCUUACCAAUGGAGUUACCGAUGUCUUAAGUUCGAUAAAUGAGACGGGUAUUGAGGCUAUGGAUGGGGUAUUGGGUAUAAAAACUUAUAUUCAAAAAUCCCAAGAUCUUGACAAGUUUAGAUCUCGAUGGAGGAAGAUAUUCCCACGGUUGGAGCUGACUGUCUAUGGAUUGUGGGCUUAUGAUGCUACCACCGUAUUGGAGAUAGCCAUUGAAGAAGCUGGAACAAAUAACAUGACUUUCAGUAAUGUGGUGGAUACGGGGAGGAAUGUUUCUGAACUUGAAGCUCUUGGUUUAUCUCAAUUCGGUCCAAAGCUUCUCGAAACGCUCUCAAAAGUUCAGUUCAGAGGACUUGGAGGAGACUUCCGUUUUGUCAACGGGCAACUGCAACCAUCGGUGUUUGAGAUUGUCAAUAUGAUUGGAACCGGAGAAAAGACAAUAGGAUUCUGGACGGAGGGAAAUGGUCUUGUGAAGCAACUAGAUCAACAACCAAGUAGCAUGAGCGCUUUAUCUACUUGGCAAGAUCAUCUUAAACAGAAAAUAUGGCCUGGAGAGGCUGAUUCUGUUCCGAAAGGAUGGGAGAUCCCGACUAAUGGGAAGAAGUUGCACAUUGGAGUUCCUAAAAAAAUCGGUUUCACUGAUCUCGUGAAGGUCACAAGGGAUCCUAUCACCAAUUCAACGGUAGUCACAGGUUUCUGCAUAGAUUUUUUUGAGGUUGUGAUUCAAGCAAUGCCUUAUGACGUCUCUUAUGAGUUCAUUCCUUUUGAAAAACCCGAUGGUAAAGCAGCCGGUAGUUACAACGAAAUGGUCCACCAAGUGUACCUCGGGAGAUAUGAUGCGAUUGUGGGAGAUACAACCGUACUGGCAAACAGACGCAGUAAAGAGAGACAGUGUUAGUUUAGUGAAACCUUUAUCAUGGAAACUGUGGUUGGCGUCCUUUGUCUCUUUCUUCCUUGUCGGCUAUACUGUAUGGGUUCUUGAACAUGGGUUUAAUCCGGAUUGUAAAGGACAUAAUAGAUUCCAAGCUAGUAC